GGAACGUCGACUGUUAGACCGACAAAUAGCGUGUGGGCGAAGUGUCCGGGGCGGUCAUGGGAUCCCGCGUGGCUCUUUUAUUCUUCUCUUCUCUUCUCUCUCUCUCUUAAUUCUGCUUCUUCAAAUUCUUUUCUUCGGCGAUCUUCCGAUAAAACCCGCUCGAAUUGAGUCCCCUUCCCUUCGCAUCCGAAUCAAUUGGCCCUCUCUUGCAACAAGCUGGGCGAUUUCUCACCGUCAUUGAAGACGACCACCUGAAGGUUUAAUCGAGUGCGAGCUUAUUUGCGGAACUUUGGUGAAGUGGUGAUAUGGAGGAGACAGAGGGAUUCGUUGUGGUCAGAGAAGAGAAGAAGGCGGAAGCUAAAGAAUAUGUUGGCAAGCAGGAGACAGUGGAGGCUGAACCUCAGUCCAAAGUGGAGGAGAAGGAUGCGGAGGACAGAGAGUAUGAAAGGAAAAUUGAGGCAGUAGAUAUCGAUGAUGAGGGGAAGAAGAAGGAAGGAAAGACGGAUGCUCGUCAAGCAGAUACAGGGGACAAUGAAGGUAGCAAGGAGAAGAAGAAGGACAAAGACAAAAAAGACAAGGAGAAGGGCGAAGUUGAGAAGCAGGAGAAAGAAGAGAAGAAGAAGUCCAAGAAGAUCAAAGAUAAGGGAGAGGAAUCGAGGGGUGAUGAUGAAGAGAAAGGAGAGAAGAAGAAGAAAGAUAAGGAAAAGAAAGAGAAGAAGAAGGAGAAACAUAAAGAUGGGGAGGGUAUUGCUGAUGAAGAUGAAGAGGCAGAAGGAGAUGGGAAGAAGGAAAAGAAGAAGAAAUCUAAAGAGAAGAAAGAGAAGGGUAAAAGUGCAUCUGAAGAUGGUGAAAGACCAGAAGAAGAUGAAGAAGAGAAGAAAAAGAAGAAGGAUAAGGAUAAGAAGGUGAAGAAGGAGGAGAAAGAUAAAGCUGUGAAGGAAGGAAAUGAAGAAGAAAAAGAUGAGGAACAAGAAGUGAAAGAAGAGAAGAAGAAGAAGAAGAAAAGUAAGGAGGAGAAGGCGAAGGGUGAAACAGAAAAUGAGAGUGAGGAAGGAGAGAAGGAUAAGAAGAAGAAGAAAGACAAGGGUAAGAAAGAGAAGAAGGAAAAGGAUAAAGCCGAGGCAGAGGGAGACGAGGCUGAAGAAGGGGAGAAGAAAGAGAAAGGGGAGAAGAGGAAGAAGAAAGACGGCAAUGAGAAAGAGAAAGAGAAGGAGGAUCAGGCUAAAGCCAUUGAGGAAGAAGAAGAAGCCAAGAGUGAAAAGGAGAAGGCUGGUGUUACUGUUGUCUCCAGGGAUGUUCUUGUAGAAGAGGGAGUCGAAAAUCCAAAGGAAGUAAAGGAGAAGGAGAAGGAGAAAGGGAAGAAGAAAGAUAAGGAAGGCAAAGAGAAGAAGAAAGAGAAGGACAAAAAGGAUAAGAAAAAAUCUGAUGGGAAGGAGAAGAGUACGGAUGUCGACAAGCUGAAACAGAAGCUGGAGAAGAUCAAUGGACAGAUCGAAGCCCUUAUGGAGAAAAAGGCCGACAUCAUGAGGCAGUUAAAGGAGGCAGAGUGCGAGACGGCUCAGAACAACAGUUCAAGGUUGCCAGACACUUCAGAGGCUGCAACAACCGUACCACAGUGAUAACUUCGUCUGUGCUGUUCAUGUUUCACUUACUUGGUGUCUUCACAUUCGGAACUUACUCGUACUUUCUCGUUUAUCGAUGAGUGAUGAGAAUAAAUCAAAGCAUGUUUGAAUUUCGAGCUUUCUGUAAAUAUGUAACUCCGGAAUAAUAUGACUAUCGUGUAUAAUAUGUUAUACUGAGUUCAGAUUUGCUGAUGAUGUAAAACAUGUUUAAAGUUCUGCAUUGGGCAUAAUAAAUUUGGAAAUAGAGCAUUAUACCA